GUCAUGGAGGUGGAGGGCACUACAGAGCCAGCCUUUGUGGACAUGGACCAGGGUCUGACUCUGGCCUGCAUCGCCUUCCUCUGCCUGCUGCUGGUGGCCAUGAUCAUCCGCUGUGCGAAGGUCAUCAUGGACCCCUACAGCGCGAUCCCCACCUCCACAUGGGAGGAACAGCACCUGGAUGACUGACACACUCAAACAUACACAUGAAUAUACACAUGAAUAU